ACACACGGCAGAGGGGAAUUGACAGAGAGGCACCAUUUCAUCCGUACACUCUGUUCAUUACUGGAUGUAAAUAACCGAUCGGAAGUCAUUUUUUGGCCGGUUGGACGGCUGAACUCGGCGGUAAAGCUGGAAGGAGGCGGCGGAGCGCAGAUAUGCACGCAGCAGGACGGAUUUUACGUUACUCACAUGAGAUGUGAUGAGAUGGUGAUGAAGAUGAUGAUGGCCCAAGGCGAGAAAGACCCAAAACACACCAGCCGAGUUGUGCUGGUCAAGAGAAUCAUAAUGAAGCAUGACAAUCCGGUCCAGCAGGGAAUCGGGAAGCCGAGCGUCUAUCAUGCUGUUGUGGUCAUCUUUCUAGAGUUUUUCGCCUGGGGUCUCCUGACCACACCAAUGCUCACAGUUUUGCAUGAAACAUUUCCCAAACACACGUUCUUAAUAAACGGCCUGAUUCAGGGAGUGAAGGGUCUGCUGUCGUUUAUGAGCGCUCCGUUAAUCGGCGCUCUAUCAGACGUGUGGGGCAGACGAUCAUUUCUAUUGGUUACCGUGUUCUUCACAUGUGCGCCCAUCCCGCUCAUGAGACUCAGUCCAUGGUGGUACUUUGCCAUGAUAUCAGUGUCUGGCGCUUUUUCCGUCACCUUCUCCGUAAUCUUCGCUUACAUCGCAGACGUUACAGACGAGCGUGAGAGGAGUACGGCGUACGGACUUGUUUCUGCGACGUUCGCAGCGAGUCUGGUCACCAGCCCGGCCAUCGGCGCCUACCUGUCGGCCAGCUACGGCGAUAACCUGGUGGUGCUGGUGGCGACUCUCAUCGCUCUGGCCGACAUCUGCUUCAUCCUGCUGGCCGUCCCAGAGUCGCUGCCCGACAAGAUGAGGCUCAACACGUGGGGAGCGCCGAUCUCCUGGGAGCAGGCCGACCCGUUUGCUUCUUUGCGUAAGGUCGGACAGGACACGACCGUUCUGCUCAUCUGCAUCACAGUGUUUCUGUCCUAUCUGCCCGAGGCGGGUCAGUACUCCAGCUUCUUCCUCUACUUACGUCAGGUCAUUAACUUCUCGCCCAAAACGAUCGCGGUGUUCAUCGGCGUGGUGGGAAUCCUCUCCAUCCUGGCACAGACGCUGUUUCUGACUUUAUUAAUGAGGACCAUUGGGAACAAGAACACAGUUCUUCUGGGUCUGGGUUUCCAGAUUCUCCAGCUGGCCUGGUACGGUUUGGGGUCGGAGCCGUGGAUGAUGUGGGCGGCCGGCGCAGUGGCGGCCAUGUCCAGCAUAACAUUCCCUGCAGUGAGCGCUUUAGUUUCACGCAGUGCAGAUCCAGAUAAACAGGGUCUGGUUCAGGGCAUGAUAACAGGGAUUCGAGGUCUCUGUAACGGUCUGGGUCCGGCGCUGUACGGCUUCAUUUUCUUCCUCUUUAAUGUGGAGUUGAGCGGGAUCAGCUCCAUCCAGCCCGACUACGCCAUCCCAAUACAGACGUCCACAGAGAAGACCACAAUCCCCGGUCCUCCGUUCCUCCUGGGUGCCUGUACGGUGGUGGUGGCGUUUCUAGUCGCUCUCUUCAUCCCGGACCACCCGACGCCCCCAUCGACGCCCUGCCAAACCCGUAAGAGCAGCGCGAGUCUGGCCGGCGCUCACACCAACACGCCGCUGCCGGGGAGCGACGAGGACUUUGAACCGCUGCUGGAGGACAGUACCGUCUGACUCUGAAACAAAAUCACAUUCAGAAGAAAAAAUGAAAAGGCGUCAACACAUCGCAAACCCUCCACCUGUCCGGCGACUAACAUUUGAGAGCGUGCAGUAUUUAUUUAGUGUGUUUUUUUGUUUAAGACAAAACGGUCAUUGGUUUUAAACUCAGAGGCUUUUUUAUUAAGCAUUUUUACAGUGUUCAAAUGAAUCAACACACUAAGGGCUCGAUCAGUGGGAUCGGAAGAGUUCGAUUUGAUUGGGUUUAAACACAAAGCUCUUGAUGUAUAUAGAUACUUGGGCAAAGUGCAGUAAGUUUGUUGUAUGCGGAGCUUGUGGUGGCUUGAAACUUAUUACUGUUGUGAGAUUGAAGAAAAACUGGGUGAAUUUCAUGAAAACAUGGUUUAGAAGAAAAUAAAGCCUAUUUUCAGACCUUUCUUGACAUUAUUUCCCAGCAUUCUUUCCUAAAAAAAGGCUUUAAAUGCAUUUUUUGUGAUUCUUAACAGAUUUCAUGAGAUUCACCCAAACAGAAUUUGAGAUUAAUACGUCGACAGUAUUUUUAUACUGCAGAGGCUGAGCGAAGUUUCCUAACGCAAGCCUUAAAGUCACAUAUCCUGUGGCGUAUGACAAGGUUUUAACAGAUUAGAGGUGCAUCCGGUUGCAUGAACAGUAUUUGUGGCGAUGUUAACUAAAACCGAAACACUAGAGCACCAGCGGUUUGGUGUAGGUACUGAUGCUAACGUAGUUCUUUUAGGCCAGUUAGUUGUUUCGGACACGGCUUGAUUGUGAAGUUCUUGAAUUGUGUGUGUGUGUGUAAAGGUUCUAUGCAGUAGUGAUAAAAAUGGCAUUAAAUUUAAAAAUAAAAUGGGUUGCUAAAUGCCAUUUCAUGUUGAGAAACAUGGGUGUUUAAAAUCACAGUAUUGCUUAAAAUAUUUACAAUGGCGUUUUAGUGCCACAAUAAAAAAAAUUAAUCUAAGAUUACAAGAUUGAAGUCGUAAUAUUUCGAGAAUAAACAUGAAAUUAAAAAAAAUAAAGUCUGAAUAUUAGUAUGAGAAGGAAGUCGAAAUGUUUCUAGAAUAAGGUAGAUUAUUUUGAGAAUAAAGUCAAAAUAUUACUAGAAUAAAGUUGAAAUAAUACGAGAAUAAGGUCGAAAUAUUUUGAGACUAAAGUUAAAAUAUUACGAGAAUAAAGCCGAAAUGUUUCUGUAAUAAAGUCAAAUAUGAGAAUAAAGUCAAAAUAUUACGAGAAUAAAGUUGAAAUGUUUCGAGAAUAAAGUCGUAAUAUUACGAGAAUAAAGUCGAAAUACUACGAAAAUAAUGUUGAAAUGCUUCAAGAAUAAAGUCGAAAUGUUUCAAGAAUAAAGUCGAAAUGUUUCAAGAAUAAAGUCGAAAUGUUUCUAGAAUAAAGUCGAUUAUUUUGAGAAUAAAGUCAAAAUAUUACUAGAAUAAAGCUGAAAUAAUACGUGAAUAAGGUUGAAAUAUUUCGAGACUAAAGUUAAAAUAUUACGAAAAUAAAGUCGAAAUACUACGAGAAUAAAGUUGAAAUGUUUCUAGAAUAAAGUCGAUUAUUUUGAGAAUAAAGUCAAAAUAUUACUAGAAUAAAGUUGAAAUAAUACGAGAAUAAGGUUGAAAUAUUUCGAGACUAAAGUUAAAAUAUUACGAGAAUAAAGCCGAAAUAUUACAAGAAUAAAGUUGAAAUGUUUCUGUAAUAAAGUCAAAUAUUACGAGAAUAAAGUCAAAAUGUUUCGAGAAUAAAGUUGAAAUAUUACGAGAAUAAAGUCGAAAUACUACGAAAAUAAUGUUGAAAUGUUUCAAGAAUAAAGUCAAAAUGUUUUGAGAAUUUAAAUCCUAGAAAUUAAAGUUAUAAUAUAGCAUAUAUUGCAAAUGCAAAGGCCCAGAUUGAGAGCACCAGGAGAAGUUGCCAGGCCACCGGAAUUUAUUGCAAUAUUUUUGCAUCCGAACGGCCACAUCAUCUCACUGGGACUAUAUUAUCGUAAUUUAUUCUCAAAAUAUUACGACUUUAAUCUUGCAGUUUUAAAUUUUAUCUUUUUUAACGUGGCACUAAAAAGCCGUCGUAAAAUAUUACAUUUGUACAAGUGAAAUUUUACCUUCAUUUUUACUUUUGAGAAUUGGCAAUGUGCGUUGAGCCAUUUUACUCAACAAUAUUUAUAUAUUUCCUUACGGAUAACUAGUAUUUAUUAAAAAUCAGCCAACAUCUAUGUACCAGCUACCUCAUUUUUGGAGGUUUCAAUGAUUUUUUUUUUAAAAAUGAGGUGAGAUUCGACCUAUAUUUUUAUCUGCGUUUUGUUUUAUACCCACGAUCCAUUUUCAAUAUGUGAUUUUUCCAAGAUUCAUUAGAGUUCCAUAUUUUCUCAUACAGCGAAUGUUUUCCAAAAUGAUGUUUUGUUUUGCAUGAACACCUGUAUGAAUGCUUUAUAAUUCCACUGUGGAGCAUCUCAUUAGAGUUUGAGGUCAUCAUUAUUCUGACCUGUGCUCAUUUCCUGUUCCACAUGCUUAGCAUUUCCUCCAUUUUCAGUAUUCCAUACAAAUUUGGCAGAUAUUCCAUUCAGAAGUGUUCCGGUGACCUGUGAAUCAGACGGAGAUGGUGAACAGAAUCUGAAUAUUUGCUUUCCAUCAUUUAUUCUCCACCCUUCGCCCUCUUUUCCAUGUGUUUGCUUUAUUUCAGUCAUAUUUAUAAUGCAGCGAUGUGAAAUUUUAAGCUUGGUGUGUAUUUAUGACGCGAUUUACCUUUCAGAGCGUGUAACGGCUCAGCCGUAGUUCCCGCUCUUUUCAGUUUUGUAUAUAUACGUGCACAGCUUGUAACGGCCGUUUUAAAAUGUAAUAUAGCGACGGUCAUAUUCAUCAUUAUUUUAGGAUUGUAAAGUAUUGUAUAUGUAUUGAAUAGUAUUACAGACAAACUUUUACAUGUUGCCAGACCUGCAAUAUUUUUGGAAGAACUAACGUGCCGCUCCAAAUAACGUAAACCGCACGUCAGGAUCGACGUGCGCGUUAACGAGAAUAACUUUAGCGUUCUGAACUUGUCAAGUAUUUGUGUGUCUUUCAACGGAUACACAAGGUGCCUGAACUGUAAAACAUGUUCAUUUGUAGUAGAUCUGAGUCUGACUGUAAAUACCGAGUACACUGAGCAGCUGAUGGAGAUGAAAUGUACAGGGACCCUUAUGUAUUUAUUGUCAUGUAUUGUGGGAAUCAAUUAAAUAGGUGCAAACGAAUAAAAAAACACUAGGAGUCAUGA